AUGAGUACGGUUGACAAGAUGCUCAUCAAGGGCAUCCGAAGUUUCGAUCCUGAGAACAAAAACGUCAUCACCUUCUUCAAACCCCUAACCCUAAUCGUCGGUCCCAACGGUGCCGGCAAAACCACAAUCAUAGAAUGCUUGAAGCUUUCCUGCACCGGUGAGUUGCCGCCAAAUGCUAGGUCCGGUCACAGCUUCAUUCAUGAUCCCAAGGUUGCCGGUGAAACGGAAACCAAGGGACAGAUUAAGCUCCGGUUCAAAACCGCCGCCGGUAGAGACGUGGUUUGCAUAAGGUCUUUUCAACUCACGCAAAAAGCAUCCAAGAUGGAGUACAAAGCAAUUGAGAGUGUGCUUCAAACUAUUAAUCCUCAUACCGGCGAGAAAGUUUGCCUUAGCUAUAGAUGUGCUGAUAUGGAUAGAGAGAUUCCUGCGCUAAUGGGUGUUUCUAAGGCCAUUUUGGAAAAUGUUAUAUUUGUUCAUCAAGAUGAAGCCAAUUGGCCACUCCAGGAUCCUUCCACGUUAAAAAAGAAGUUUGAUGAUAUCUUUUCAGCUACUCGUUACACAAAGGCACUGGAGGUUAUAAAGAAACUUCACAAGGAUCAAGCUCAAGAAAUAAAGACUUACAAGCUGAAACUAGAAAAUCUUCAAACUCUGAAAGAUGCAGCUUAUACGCUUCGGGAAAGCAUUGCACAGGAUCAGGAGAAAACAGAAUCUCAAAAAGAUCAGAUACAACAGUUGGAUGGAAGCAUUAAAGAUUUGGACACUAAAAUUGGUCAUGGGGAAAAAACAUUGAAACAUUUGCUGGAGCUGCAGAAGCAAAUAUCAGCUAAAACUACAGAACGAAGCACUCUAUUAGAGGGACAAGAAAGGCAACAUGCUGAUCUAGCUGAGGAGUAUGAAGAAACUGAUGAAGAGUUGAUGGAAAUGAAGUCCAAGUUUGAUGAAAGGAUUAAAAUUUCAAGUUCACAAAUAAACAAGUUGGAACGAGAGAAGAAUGACAUUAGCAUAAAAAGUCCUACCCUUAGAAGGGCCAUCAAUGAGUCUAUCGGGGAGAUCAGCAAGCUACAAACUGAAGAAGAAGCUCACAUGUCUCUGAAGAAUGAACGAGAUACUUGCAUUCAAAAUAUUUUUUCCAGUUAUAACUUAGGGUCUCUUCCAAAGCCACCCUUCAGUGCUGCAGAUGGUUUGAACCUCACUAAUCGUAUAAAAACAAGGUUGAGGGAUCUUGAGAAGGAUCUUGAAGAUAAAAAGAAAGCAAAUAAAACUGAACUCAAAAUGGCAUGGGAUUCCUACUUGAGUGCAAGUGAAAGCUGGCAAAAUACUGAUGCUAAACUACAAACUAAGAGAGAGAACAAGGAUGGAAUUAUGAAGCGCUUUGAAGAGAAGAACGACGAGCUUGAGUCAUUUGAACUUGAAAUAUCUAAUAUAGAUGUUUCUCAUUUAGACGAGCGAGAAAGAAAAUUGCAAUUUCAGCUGGAGAGGAUGACCAAGCAACGUGAUGAAAGAGAAUUUGAACUAAAGAAAAGUCAAAUUGAAAAGGAAGUCCUUAAUGUGGAGCAAAAGAUUAAAGUUGUCAAUCGAGAGUUUGCCGCCAUGGCUACUGAUUCAAUAGAGAGAGGAAGAUUAUCUGCUAUGAAGUUAGAUUUGGAGACAAAGAAAAAACAACAUAAAAAGAUAAUUGAUGGCCAGAAAGAUAAAAUAAGAAGUGCACUACAAGGGAGGUUGCCUCCUGAUAAGGACAUUAAGAAGGAAAUCACACAAGCAUUAAGGACUGUUGCAGCCGAUUUUGAUGGGCUGAAUGUGAAGUAUCGGGAAGUUGACAAGGAAGUAAAUGUUUUGCAGAUGAAAAUACAAGAAGUAGACAAUAACUUAUCUAAACACCGCAAGGAUAUGGAAUCAAGAAAGAGAUUUAUUGAAUCCAAGCUUCAGUCUUCGGAUCAGCAGUGUUCUGGAAUCGAUUCUUAUCUCAAACAUUUAGAGUCUGUCAAGGAGAAAAGAGAUGUACAGAAAAGCAAAUAUAACAUUGCCGAUGGUAUGAGACAAAUGUUUGAUCCUUUUGAAAGGGUUGCUAGAGCUCAUCAUAUUUGCCCCUGCUGCGAGCGUUCUUUCUCGCCAGAAGAAGAAGAUAGUUUUGUCAUGAAGCAAAGAGUGAAAGCUGCCAGUUCAGCUGAACAUAUGAAAGUUCUAGCUGUGGAGUCCUCAAGUGCAGACUCUGAUUAUCAGCAGUUGGACAAGCUUCGAAUGUGGUAUGAAGAAUAUGUUAAACUUAGCAAGGAGACAAUCCCUAAUGCUGAAAAGGAACUCCAGCAAGUCAAAGAAGAGUUGGAUCACAAAUCCCAGACACUUGAUGAUGCUUUAGGUGCUUUAGCUCAAGUGAAGACUGAGAAGGAUUUGGUUGAGAUGGUGCUGCAACCUGUUGAAAAUGCUGAUCAACGUUUCCUUGAAAUUCAAAAUUUGCAAAAGAAAGUUGAAGAUUUAGAAAGUGAGCUUGGUUGUGGAGGACCAGGAGUGAGGACUCUAGAAGAAAUUCAAUCCGAGCUCGCUGCAGUGCAGGGAACAAAGGACAAUUUGAAAACCGAGUUGGAGAAAUUGGCGGAUGAGCAGAUGGAUAUGCAGAAAGAUAUAUCAAGUAUUCAAACACGGCUCUUGAAAGCAAGGGAUGAUAAAAUGAAUGCAGAAAAGAAAUUGCAAGGUGGUAAAAGAUUAGAAGAAGAAUUAGAAUGCUUGAGGGAAGAAAUGGUCCAAAUUGAUCUUGAUGUGAAGAGUCUGGUUGAAGCCGUUGAACCUUUAUCCAUGCACAAAGAUAAAGUUCUUGCUGACUAUAAUGAACUGAAGAUUAGACUUGACCUCGAGGUUGAGAAUCUGGUUGAAAAAAAGAGAAUUUUUCAGCAAGAAGCCGAAGCAGUUUUUAGAAUGACUUCUAAGAUCAUAGAGUACUCUAAUUUAAAGAAAGGAGACAAGUUGAAGGAGUUGCAGGAAAAGAAAUCUCUAUCAGAAUCUCAACUGCAAAGUUGUGAAACCAGGAUUCAGGAAAUUAUAGAUGAACUAGACAAAAGGAAAGAUUUGAUGCGAAACACUGAUCUGCUUAAAAUAAAAAUUGAGGACAACUUAAAGUACAGAGAAACAAAGGCUAAAGUAGAUAAGCUAUCAUACGAAAUUGAUACACUUGAAGAAAAUGUGUUGAAGGUUGGUGCAGUUUCCACAAUUCAGACGGAACUUGCAAAAUUAUCGAAGGAGAGGGAGAGGCUUCUUGAGGAGUUAAACAGGUGCAAAGGAACAGUGUCUGUUUACCAGAGCAAUAUUUCCAAAAAUAAGAUUGAUCUAAAGCAGGCCCAAUACAAGGACAUAGAUAAGCGAUAUUUUGACCAGCUUAUUCAGCUUAAGACAACAGAAAUGGCAAACAAGGACUUGGACAGAUACUACAAUGCUCUUGAUAAAGCACUGAUGCGCUUCCACACAAUGAAAAUGGAAGAAAUCAACAAAAUUAUAAGAGAAUUGUGGCAACAGACAUAUAGAGGACAAGAUAUUGAUUGCAUUAGUAUUCAUUCUGAUUCUGAAGGUGGUGGCACCCGAUCCUACAGUUACAGGGUUCUCAUGCAAACUGGUGAUGCAGAGUUAGAAAUGAGAGGAAGAUGUAGUGCAGGUCAGAAGGUACUGGCAUCUCUUAUCAUACGAUUGGCCUUAGCGGAAACAUUUUGCCUCAAUUGUGGAAUUCUUGCAUUGGAUGAACCAACCACAAAUUUGGAUGGACCAAAUUCUGAAAGUCUGGCUGCUGCUAUCCUAAGGAUCAUGGAGGACAGGAAAGGCCAGGAAAAUUUUCAGCUAAUUGUAAUUACUCAUGAUGAGCGUUUUGCUCAACUGAUUGGUCAGCGCCAGCAUGCAGAGAGAUAUUAUCGAGUUGCAAAAGAUGACUAUCAGCACAGUAUAAUCGAAUCGCAGGCGAUAUUUGACUGA